AUGAGGAGCAUGAACAUCCAAGUGCCCGUGACUGUCAGAGCACGGGGCACCAGAGCUGAGAGCACAGGUGUUAGAAAGAGAGGUGUGGAUGGACGAGUGCGGAGCUUUGAGGAGAUCCCUCACACAGGGAGGAGCGGCUGGGUCAACUUGGUGAAGUUCUGGAGAGAAGAUCGCUUCCGGCAGCUCCACAAGCACAUGGAGCGGACCUUCAACACCCUGGGUCCCAUCUACAGAGAGCACUUGGGCACCCAAAGCAGCGUGAACAUCAUGCUGCCGUCUGACAUCGCUGAGCUGUUUCGCUCAGAGGGCCUGAACCCACGACGGAUGACCCUGCAGCCCUGGGCAACACACAGAGAGACACGGCAGCACAGCAAGGGAGUCUUCCUCAAGAACGGCGAGGAGUGGCGAGCUGACCGUCUACUGCUCAACAAGGAGGUGAUGAUGAGUGCGCCUGUGAAGCGCUUUCUCCCCCUGCUUGAUGAGGUCGCCGGGGAUUUCUGCCGAAUGCUGCGGGCAAGAGUGGAGAGGGAGGGGAGAGGUGGGGAGGGGAAACGCAUCCUGACCAUGGAUCCCAGUCCCGACCUCUUCCGCUUUGCACUUGAAGCCAGUUGCCAUGUGAUCUACGGGGAACGUAUUGGCCUCUUCUCCUCAUCUCCCUCUCUGGAGUCCCAGAAGUUCAUCUGGGCUGUAGAGCGAAUGCUGGCAACAACACCCCCGCUCCUCUACCUGCCCCCUCGCCUGCUGCUCUACAUCGGCGCUCCCCUGUGGACCCAGCAUGCCAGUGCAUGGGACCACAUCUUCACCCAUGCGGAGGCGAGGAUCCAGAGAGGGUACCAGCGCCUGUUUUCCUCCCAGUCUCUGGGGUCGGAGGGUGGAGCAGCUGGAGGCCAGUACACCGGGGUUCUGAAUCAACUCAUGGAGAAAGGGCAGCUGUCUUUGGACCUCAUCAAAGCCAACGUCACUGAGCUGAUGGCUGGAGGAGUCGACACGACAGCAGUGCCCCUGCAGUUUGCUCUGUUUGAGUUGGGCCGUAACCCGGAGGUGCAGGAGAGGGUGAGGCAGCAGGUGAGGGCGUCAUGGGCUCAGGCCGGUGGGGAUCUUCAGAAAGCCCUGCAGGGAGCACCACUGCUGAAAGGCACAAUCAAGGAGAUACUCAGGUUAUAUCCAGUGGGAACCACAGUGCAGCGGUAUCCGAUCAAAGAUAUUGUUCUGCAGAAUUACCACGUACCUGCCGGGACGAUGGUUCAGGCCUGUCUUUACCCCCUGGGAAGGAGUGCCGAGGUGUUUGAGGAUCCACUGUGCUUUGACCCCAGCCGAUGGAGCAGCGGUAGAAAAGAAGGCCAGAAAGGAGAGGAGGCGGGGGCGUUUCGCUCCCUGGCGUUUGGGUUCGGGGCGAGGCAGUGUGUCGGGAGGAGGAUCGCUGAGAAUGAGAUGCAGCUCCUACUCAUGCAUAUCCUGCUGAGCUUCCAUCUCAGCGUGUCGUCCUCAGAGGACAUCAAAACCACAUGUACCCUCAUCCUCCAGCCCGAGACUCCGCCAAGGAUCACUUUCAGCCAACUCUGACAAACACACACACACACACACACACACACACAUGCACACACACAAAAGAGAUUCGUGCCAUCAACAGUUGACAUGCACACAAUAACGCCUGUUUUAAUCUCCAAACAUAACAGCCAUAUUCCUGAUGACACUCACUGAAGCUUAUACUGAGCUUUUUAUUACAUCCUCCUACACUUUGCAUUCAGCCCAAAUAUUCAUGAAGCUGAUAAAUAAAGUAUAAUUCCCUCCGCAUGUUGUCUUCAUUGUAGCAAACGUAGCAAAAGCAGCAUUAACACCAAUUUCCACUAGAUGGCACUAAAAAUCACAC